AUGAUGCCGAUUGAAUUUCACUAUGACCUCUCGAAUGCAGCAACACCCAACAAAGCAGCCCCGACGACACCCAACCCGGUUGGCAGGACAGCGGCAGCAUUGGUGGUGGAAGAGCCGGUGGCCGAAACAGAGGAAGCAGCUGAGCUAAGAGCGGAAGACGCAGCCGAAGUGACAGAGCCGGCCUGGCUCGUCACGGCACUCAAAGCACUAGCAGCGUCCGUGGUGAUACUGCCCAAGAUGGAGGAGGCGGCAGAAGUCAGAGACGAGAGAGUGGCGGCGGCGGCGGUGUUGCCGGAAGCAGCUUCAGAGCUCAGACUCGAAAGACUGGCCGAGAAAGCCGAUUUGGCAGAGCUGAAGCUGGCAGCGAUGGAAUUCUCAGCAUUUUCGGCGGAGUUGGAGGCUGAGGCGGCAACUGAGGCGGCAGACUUGGAGACCGAAGCGAGGGACUGGGACAUUGCUGAAGACACCGACGCCAAGGAGCUAGAAGCAGCGACCACCAGGGAUGAGGAGUUGGAUGUGGUCGUGGCAUUGGCAUCACUGCUCUGGGCCCAAGCAGGUACCACGGUAACGAGGGAAUAG